AUGAAGACUCUACAUAUCAUCUCGUCCAUCUUAGCUCUAGCUACAGUGGCCAAUGCCCACACUCAUUCGCAAGAGCAAGAGCAAGACAUGCAACCAUCCCGUUUAAUCCCGCAGAACGUCACCCAAACCCCGGAGCCUUGGGGACAUCACCAUCUACAUGGUGUCCCUAUCCUGGACACGGAACUUUCACCUCAGCAGAAGCUCUAUUGGGAGGCUUAUAACACUACAACUUACCUCACCCUAGAGUCCAGUCACCAACAUCUUCUUUUCUCCCAUAUCUCCCUCUUAUUACUCUCUUGUUUUCUCAUUUAUCCAUUACUCUUGGUUUUCAAUAACAUCAAUUCCUCUUAUUUACUCCCCCUUAAUUAUGUCAAUGUCUUAAUAACAACGCUGGCAUGCAUUCUAUACUCGGUCUACAUCAAUAAUGUCCCCGAACUCUUCCCCAAUAUGGCUUAUUCAAAGUUGGUGACAGGUUUACUUUUUUUCUCAAUCAUUCAAACGGCUCUAACAACCCUUUACUCACUGAGUAAGUAUCUCUCCCAUUCAAACUACUCGAAACUCCCUGGCUUGAACAUCCAUUUGGAUGAUUUGAACUCUCCAAAUCCUAAUAGCUCUUCCCCAGCUUCAACUCUCUAUGAAGAUGACGGCGACGAAGAUGCCAGAGAAUUGGUUGACGCUAAUGGAAAUGGCCUGAAUUUCGAUAUCAACAAUGAAGAUGAUAUGGAUGCUCAUUUUCAUUCCUCAAUUAAAACCCCAAUUGUUCAAUCCCCUCCUUCAACUUCAACUCAAAAUCUACUCAUUAAAAAGUUAUCAUCCUAUAAUUCCAUCUCAUCCUUUGCUACAACUUUUUCGUCCUUGUUCAACAUUCUUCAUAAUAUUUCCGUUUGGGGGUUGCUGGUCUAUUAUUUUGUCAUGCUACCAACAGGAGUGGCAUGUUUGAACUUGAUGGGCCAAUCGACUAGGAUUUUCAAUCUCUUGGCUCAUUUUAUCAAGGGAGAAGUCUUUAUUAUUAUUGGAAUAAUCUCAUUGGCCAGAUAUUGCGGCUGCUUUGCAGGUAUUGGUGGUGCUUGGAACACCGCCUUUGUUGAUUUCAAUCAUCAUCAAGAUUUGAUAAAUCCUCCUUCGAAUUCGGGUAUUCAAGGUGUAGGUUCCGGUGGUCAUAACAUAAUGAAUUCUACUUUUAUCAAAUUACAUAAGUUAGUGUACGGUGCCAAGAAUUCGGGAUUGAUUUGUUCCUUUGAAGGUAUUGAAUCCUUUUUAAUAUUUUUCUAUGGUUCGACAAACAUCUUCUUGGAACAUUUGGCCUCCAAGGAUGGCGUAUGGACGGCAAAAGAUUUACAACAUGUCUCCAUUGCUUUCAUGUAUUUGGGUGCCGGUUUAUGUGGAUUAAUUGCCGAACAUAAACUAUCAGAUUGGAGAAGAUCUUUAUACUCCAAACUAACAAAACAGUCAACUUUGAAUAAUGACGCUUCCCAUAAACUGGUAACCCCAGGUUUCUCCCCAAACCCGUUCCCUGUCUUUACCAUUUUCUGGACAGGUUUGUUAAUGUCCAAGCACGCACAAGCCUCUCAAUUAUCAACCGAUAUCCAUGUUCAAUGGGGAUCCCUGCUAACAUAUGGCUCUUUUUUUAGAGUCUUUACCUUUCUUUUAAUGUCUUACUCACCAUUCAAAGAAUCCAUCCAAUGUUAUUUGCCUUCAAAACCGUUGACAGAAUUGAUUACAUCGUUCUGUCUCAUUUGCGGUGGUUUGGUUUUCAUGGAAUCUACUGAUCAAGUCAUUGAAGCCUUGGCUUAUAGAGGCUUGACUCCAAUGUUUACCAUCAAUGUCUCCGUUGGUGUCGUCAGUCUAUUCAUGGCAUGGAUUAUGGUGCUUUUUGCCAUCAAGGAUAGACUGAAAAACUGA